AUGGACAAAACUAAAGCGAAACUGGCGACUUCUAACCUAUCAGCAUUUUUUGAUAAUGACGACGACGAAAGCUCCUUCUCACAAAAGACAGUGGAUGAUGCAAAACUCUCCCAGUAUACAGCAGGCACAGUUCGCAAGUCACGUAGGGAUAAAGAACAAGAGGAGGCAAGAAAGAAAAAAUCGGAGGAGGAGGCAGAUAAUGCCAAAGCCUAUGCAGAAUUUCUCGACGCUUUCGACGCCAACCCUUCAAGUACUUCGAGGGUUUCAGCAUUCGUCAAGGCCGACUCUCGAUCUGCCUAUGUGCCUUCUGCAUCAAGAGACUAUGCGGAAAGCUCUUCGCGCGGCAGGCGACGGUCACUAUCACCUGUCUCUGCUGCUGCUGCUCCCAGGCCCAAGGGGAAAAGGGCGAUGGAUGCCUUUCUUGAGGAGAUUAAACGAGAUCAAGCAGCACGAGAAGAGAAAUAUUCGCGCCAUGCCUCUGGCCAUGGUAGAUCCGUCACAGCCAUGGCUGCAUACGAUGGACAAAGUGGAAGUAAAGACCGAGGAGAUCCUCAAACCACCAAUUUAUUCGUCGCAAAUCUUCCUACCCACGUGACAGAGCCGAGUCUGGGUAUGUUCUUCGCUCGAUGCGGGCCAGUAGGAUCUGUUAAAAUUAUGUGGCCCCGCACGGAUAUAUCCAGUGGACCCGGUUCCGAUAUGACGCAGUCUCGACGCGUGAAGAGCACGGGUCUCAGCGGUUUUGUGUCCUUCAUGAAAAGGAAGGAUGCGGAAGAAGCCUUGCGCGAGUUGGAUGGCUUCGAGUGGGGAGGUUCGGUCCUGAGGGUCGGGUGGAGCAAAGCUGUACCCAUUGGCAGCAAAGCUCUCUAUGUCUCGGAACUGCCCAAAAUCUCUGAAUCGAGUCGACAUCGUAGUCGAAGUCGGUCGCGGUCUCGAUCUCCAAGAGACAAACAUCGCAGCCAUACUUCUCGGCGCUCUCGGAGCAGGUCUGCUUCACCUCCAAGAAGACAUUCUCCCAGUCGUGAAAGACGGAGAGAGGUUAGCCGAAGCCCAUCACCACUCCGCGACGAAGAAGAAUUCGUGACAGACGCGUUCAUUCGUAGCGUAGCAAAUGAAGUUAAAGGCCGCGGGUCAAAAUACGAACAAAAUCUCAAGGAACGUGAACGAAAUAACCCUAAGUUCGCCUUCCUGCUCAGGAGAGACCAUCGCCGACACGCCUUUUACCGAGGCCUGAUAGAAUCAAAUCGCACUCUGGAGCCCGAGUUCGACGACGAUGGCUACAAUUCUGUCUACUCGACCGAUUCUGCAGAGGACUCGGAACGCGAAAAGGGUCGGAAAAAUGCUCUCGGAAAAUUGGCACGCAAGCGGUUCGAGAGUAUGUUGAGAGCGUUGUCCGGUAAACGCGGGGAGAUGGCAAGAUGCAUGGCAUUCUGUCUUGAACAUGCUGAAGCGGCUCCUGAGGUCGCCGAACUUAUUAUCACGUCUUUACUUGUGGACGCCACCCCUGUCCCCCGUAAAGUCGCCCGCCUCCAUCUUAUUUGUGAUAUUCUCCACAACUCUGCCGCAUCUGUUCCCAGCGCCUGGAAGUUCCGUCAAGAAUUUCAGACCCGAUUGGGUGUCGCCUUUGACCACAUGGCCAACAUCUACCAUUCCUUCCCUGGGCGCAUCACUGCCGACAUUUUCAAGAAGCAGAUCACUUCGGUUGUUGAUAUUUGGGAGGACUGGAUUGUUUUUCCCCCCGACUUCACGACAGAGCUUCGAGAGCGGCUAGACGGAGUUUCAGCGGAGGAAAACAAAACAACCGUGACAGAGCCUGUUCCAGCCGCACCCGCGGAUACUGGAAACGCCCCUUCCCGGUUCAAAUCGAGUACGUUCAAGCUUGCCACAGAUGAGGGACCGGUACUCGAGCCAGAUGUGGAUGGAGAGCCUAUGGAUGAUGACAUUGAUGGAGUGCCACUAGAGGACGACAUUGAUGGCACUCCUUUGGAUGACAUUGACGGCGUUCCUCUGGACAAUGAUGACUUGGACGGUGCUCCAAUCAUCGAUGAUGAUUUGGAUGGAGUUCCAAUGGACGACGAGGACUUGGAUGGGGAGCCCAUGCAGUUGUAA